AUGGCCUCACGCAACAUCGUGGGUCUCGAGAUGGCCGACAUCAAGAGUAAUGAUGGCAAUGACCACUACACCAGCGGUCUCGAUAUCCCCGUGGCUACGAGGUCGCGGCGGUCCACGCUUGCCAACAGCAACCCCAACAACAACAGCAGCAGCAGCAACAGCAAUACCUGGUCGCACCACUCGGGAGACUCCUCUACCUGGGUAGGCGGAGGAAGUGCUGUUAGUGAGGAGUGGCCAAACUCAGCACUGCCCGAGAGGCACUCGUUCCUGGAGUCGGUGCCAGGAUCUGGACCAGCAACGCCCAUCGAUAUCGAUUCGCGGCCAACGUCCCCCUGUUUUUAUCAGGGCAAUGGCUCUUCACAGAGCCAUCACAGUCUCGCUCCCCUCAUGAAGCCGCAUCAUACCUCCAAAAGCACCUCGGGACUCUCCUCCGAGUACACCUUCACCGAAGAUUCCAUCGCCCACCUACACAAACGUGACGACGUGGAAAUUUUUAAGGGCUGGCGCCGCAAAGUGUCUCGAUUCAUGCCCUUUCUCAUGUUCGGGAAUACCUUCCUGUACUUUGCGUACCUGGGCUUGCGCAUCGCUUGCGUGAUCAUGGCACAGAAUUCCCAGAAUACCAUAUAUGCGGGCGCGUGGGCCUUCCUGGCGGUCGAAAUCCUCGUCGCGAUCCCGUCACAGAUGCACAACUUCUUACUCAUGUGUGGGUUGAAGAAACGCCAGCGGCCCAAACUGCGCCUGCGUGGCGAAGACGGCCCCACGGUUGACGUCUUUGUCACCUGCUGCGGAGAGGAUGACGAGAUCGUGCUUGAUACUGUCCGUGCUGCCUGCGACCAGGACUACCCUCGGGACCGCUUCAGGGUGAUAGUGCUAGACGACGGAAAGUCGGCUGGCCUGGAGGCGUACAUCAACCAGCUCGCCGGCGUUUACGAGAAUGUGUUCUACAUCGCACGGCCCAAGUUCCCCGGGGUUCCGCACCAUUUCAAGGCUGGGAAUCUCAACUACGGGCUCGAGCAGGUGGACCUGAUGGGCCCGGGCGAGUUCAUGGCUGCGCUGGAUGCCGAUAUGAUUCCUGAACGCGACUGGCUGCGUGCCCUUCUCCCUCAUCUGCUCAUUGACCCCAAGAUGGCGCUCGCGUGCCCACCACAGCUGUUCUACAACACGCCCGUCUCGGAUCCUCUCGCGCAGAGUCUGAACUUCUUUGUCCACGUGAUCGAGCCCAUCAAGGACGCCCUUGGGGUGGCAUGGUGUACCGGUUCCGGCUACAUCUUCCGGCGAGAAGCACUUACCGAGAUCGGCAACUUCCCCACCGGAUCCCUCGCCGAAGACGUGGCGACGUCGACGAUGGUGAUAGGCAAGGGCUGGAAGACCAGCUACAUCCACGAACCGCUGCAGUUCGGCACGGUUCCGGAAGACUUCGCCGGGCACCUGAAGCAGCGCACGCGGUGGGCCGUCGGCACGGUGCAGACGGCUACCAAGCUGAACUUCUGUCUGUACGGUGACAGCGUGCGGUCGAUGACCGUGGCACAGCGCCUCUUGGGCGCCCUGUACGCCAUGCUGGGCAUCUUCACGGUGCUGCUGACCUUGUCGAUGUUCGUAGUCCCCAUCGUGCUCGCGUGGGGCAAGCCGCUCGUUGCCUUCAGCACCGUCACGCAGCUGCGCUGGCUGAUCUGGGGCGCCUCCGCCUCCGUGGCCUGCAACCGCCUCUGCGAGGUCGCCAUGUCCAGUCCGUCUGGCUAUCACACGAGCCAACGCGACUCGCGCUCCCAGUUCUGGAUGUCGCCGUACCUGGCGCUGUCCAUCAUGCGGGCCUUCAUCCUGCCCCGGUGGCUGGGCGGCAACGUCGUCGCCUUCAAGCCGACGGGCUCGCUCGGCUCGGCCCUGAACGAGCGUGAUGCCCAGAACCGCAAGAGCAUGCCGCGCCGGUUAUUUACCAUCCUUUUCAACUACAUGGCCAUCUUCCACUUCGUCUUCGUCUACUUCACGCUCGCCGCCGUUGCCGUCACUUCCUACAAGGUGUUCUUCGCCCCGGAUACCAGUCUGCGUGGCAUCUUCAUCGGCCUCACCAUCCACGUUUUCUGGCCGCCCAUGACUUUCUUGUUCCUGGUCUCCUCGCUGUGGACGCCCAUUGCUUACGCGAUCGACCCGCCUGUUAUGCCGGAGCGGGAGGCCCUACUCCAGCGGGAUCAGAAGACGGGUAUUGCGCACCCGACUGAGGCCAGCAAGCGGAUCGCCUUUAGUGGCCAGGAGGUCUGGUUCGAGUUUUUGUACACCGUGUCGACGAACAGAAAGGCACGUAGCCACCAUGCAGGUCCAACAAAUCUGGGAGCACAUCAGGCCGGUCGUUUUGGUCAUUUGUACCAGGCUUGUUCUCGUAUACCAGGUGACCGGACUGCUCGUAUCCCCUCGAGUGUCACUCGCCGAAAUUUUCAAGCCCGUUUGAGUUCGAUAUGGACGAUUGGGUCUUGCCUAUCCUGUGCUAAAAGCGAACCCAUGCCACCUGCAGCAAAUUACUGCGAGCAUUAUAGCCAUUGCAGCUACAUCCACGAUACUGCGAUUGCAAGCGCUGUCGGAUAUGUUCAGGUGACAGACCUAUCACGUGUCAAGACCUCUCCAGAUGUAUAA